CACAGUCUCCGUGAGAGCGCGGGCUCCGGACACUCUCCCAGCCACCGUUCCCUCAGUCACGCCGCGCCCAGCCUGGCCGCCUCUCCCACAAACCGCAGGACAGUUUGCAAGAAUACCAAUUCAAUGGGAGAGCUAACAUUUGUACUGCAUGGUUCUCCAAGGCAAGACCAUGAAGAGUCCAGUUACCAACCAAUCAACACUGUCUUUUUAUGUGGUGCUGCACUGGUGCUGGUUGCUGGAAUGGAACGGAAAGUAAACAAUGGAUUUCUACUCCUCUACUUCUAUGUGUCAUUGGAUUCUUCUCAAUGAUGAGGCCAAUUGAUUCAUUUUUGGUGGCUUAUGUAACUGGACCAGAUAAAAACUUCACUGUUGAACAGAUCAUGAAUGAAGUAUUACCAGUAAUGACUUACACUUACUUGGCAGUGUCAGUACCUGUCUUCCUGCUCACAGAUUAUUUAAAAUAUAAACCAGUUAUAGUUUGUCACUGUGUUGCCUCAGCUAUUGGUAUGAGUUUAACCACCUUUGGACAACAUGUUUCGGUCAUGCAGCUUUCAUUAGUUUGCUAUGGUAUAACGACUGCUACUGCUGUCGCUUGUUUCUCUUACAUUUACAAUGUUGUGAGUUUGGAGCACUAUCAGAAAGUGACAAGUUACUAUCAGAGUGUCACAUUGAUUGGAUGCACCUUUGGUUCAGUACUGGCGCAAGUCCUGGUUACUGUUUGGAGUGUCUCUUAUUUCUGUUUGAACAUUAUCUCGCUGGUUUCUGUGUCUGUAGCCCUCCUUUUUUCUAUUUUCCUGCCAAUGCCCAAGAGAAGCAUGUUCUUCCACAAGAUAGAGAAAUCUGAAACCAUCCAAAAUCCACCAUUACCUGAAGCUGUUAGUCCAGUGUCUGAUAGCACCAGUUCUGCAAAUAACAUGGAAACACGGACACUCUCACAUCCGCCUGUGACGUUGGAUGGAGAGGUACAGAAACAAGAUGCUGAUGGUCUGAUGAAGGGAAAAGGUCAUCACAGUGUAAAAGAUGUCUUUGUCCAACUGUGGUCUGAUUUCAAAGCUUGUUACACUUCUCCACAACUCCUCUGCUGGUCCAUUUGGUGGGCAUUAGCCACUGCUGGCUAUCUUCUAAUCGUGUACUACAUGCAGGUGCUAUGGAAUCACAUUGAGCCAUUCCAGAAUGCCAGGCUGUAUAAUGGUGGAGCAGAGGCUAUGUCAAACAUUGUAGGGGCUUCUACUUCUUUUGUAAUUGGACAUGUCAAAGUAAAUUGGACAAUGUGGGGGGAACUGAUACUGGGAAUCUUCUCAGCUGUGAACAGCGGUAUAUUAUACACCAUGGCUUUGUCAAACCAUAUCUGGGUUUGUUAUGCUGGUUAUGUUUUAUUCAAGGGCUCUUACAUGCUGCUGAAUACUGUUGCAAUGUUUCAGAUAGCAGCUAACUUGGAGAUGGGGCAUCAUGCAUUAGUGUUUGGCAUCAACUCUACGGUGGCCUUGAUACUCCAAACCAUCCUAACCAUUGUUGUGAUUGAUUCAAGAGGCCUAGCUUUGGAUAUUAUCACCCAGGUUCUCAUUUGGGGAAGUUACUUUGCAGCAAUAGCAGGACUUUUCCUAAUCAGAGGAAUCUACACACUUUUUACAAACAGACGGGCACAGAUUGUCAGUACAAAUACCUCUCUUUCCAGAAAUGAGAGAGAAAUUACAGCGUUGUGAUUAUCAUAUAUAAAUCUUCCAACAUUUGCUUUUCUUUUUAACCAAUCUUCUUUAAAUGAUGUGCUGCUGUAGAGGAAAAAGAUUAAGACAUAAUUAUAUCACGUCCUGCACACCACUAUCCCCAGGUAUGUCCUGUCUCACUGGCAGGAUUGAGCCAGCAGAGGUGGCCUCACUGUGGUAUACAGUCAGGAGGGAGUUGUCCUGGGAGUCCUCAAAAUUCUGGAGUCUGGGCCCCAUGAAGUCUCAUGGCAUCAGACAAAAUUGAGCAAGGAAAUCUUUUGAAAUAAGCUGCCCCCUUCUCCCACCCUCUCCUCCAAUCCCUCAGCUCCUGAUCACAUGAUUACAUUAGCUCCUUUAUCCAUUAAUGUCAGAUUAAAUGCCAAAGAUGAUAUGAGAAUGACAGCCCUUGCCAAGAAGGCAGUGUCUGAUUAUGGCAUUAAGGUGCCCCAGCAAAACUGGAGUCAUAGAGAUGUACAGCAUGGAAACAGACCCUUCGGUCCAACUCGUCUAUGCUGA